CCGCCCCCAACUCGCCGACGCAGCAGCACGGUCGCCCUCGCCGGUGGACGCCAUGUCGUCGCGGCUGUGCGUGAAGAACCUGCCCAAGGGCGCCGACGAGAAGCGGCUGCGGGAGGUUUUCUCUCGGAAGGGCGAGGUGACCGACGCCAAGGUCAUCCGAACCAAGGAUGGAAAGAGCAGGCAUCUUGCAUUUAUUGGUUUCAGAACCAAUGAAGAGGCAGCGGAGGCUCUCAAGUAUUUCAACAACACAUACAUUGACACUUCUAAGAUCACAUGUGAGGUUGCUCGUAAGAUUGGUGACCCUGAUGCUCCUCGCCCUUGGAGCCGUCAUUCCUUGAAGAAGCCUGAAUAUAACAGUAAAGAUAAGGCGGAAACUGUGGAUGCUAACACACCGCUGAAAAGUUCCAAAGGCAAAGGAACAUCUGUUGAUGCGGGGGGUUCUAAAGGCAGUUUAGCUAAUGAUCCCAAGUUCGAAGAGUUUCUUCAAGUUAUGCAGCCCCGUUCUAAAGCAAAGAUGUGGGCAAAUGACACAACAGGCACCCUUGAUGUUGCUGACAAAGAUAACACCCUAGUAGCUAAGAAGCUUCUGAAGAGUACUGCUGCAGUCUCUGGAAACGAUUCAUCUUCUGACAAUGAUUCAUCUUCUGAAGAUGAUUUUGAGGAGAAAAUAAUAAAUGAUUUUCCCUCAAAAGAUGCUUCGGAAAAGCUACAAUCUGGAAGUAAACAAGACAACAAUAUAAGCGAUGUGGACUUCUUGAAGAGUAAAAUUAGAAAAAACUGGUCAGAUUCCGAAUCUGAUGAUGAAGAUUCUGGUGAUCAGUUGGGUAGCAGUUCUGAUGAUGAAGAACCAUCUAAUGAAUUAGUUGAUGCAAAUGAAAGGGGUCAGGUGGUGGAUCAGAAGGGUAAUCUGAACCAGAAGAAUAAUGUAGAUAAGAAAGCACCCAUGGAAGUUAGUGACAUGGAAGAGGUGGAAGAUCCUGACAACCAAGACGGUGAACAUAUUGACACCCAACAAAAAGAUGAAAAACACGCCAAUCAAGAAACAGAAGAUGUUGAAGCCGCUUCAGCUACUGAUGAAAAGAAGCUGGCACUGGAGACUGGCCGUUUAUAUAUCUGCAAUCUUUCAUAUGCAACUACUGAAGAUGAUCUGGUUGAGCUAUGCAGCCAGUAUGGUGAUGUUGAGCAGGCACAUAUUGUUGUCGAUAAAACCACUAAGCUCUCAACAGGCAGAGGUUAUGUGCUUUUUAGCCUUCCAGACUCAGCAGUCAGGGCACUAGGUGAAUUAGACAACUUCAGUUUUCAGGGGCGACUAUUACGUGUAAAGGCUGCUAAACCACUAAAUAAUAAGCCGUUUGAUCAUUUUGUUGUCGACGAGAAAAUGAGUCUGAAGCAGCAAAAGUUGGAACAAAAGAAAGCUUCUGAAAUUGGUGGGGAUACCAGAGCAUGGAACAGCUUUUAUAUGCGUCAAGAUACUGUUGUUGAGAAUAUAGCAAGGAAGAAUGGUAUAAGUAAGAGUGAGUUACUUCAUAGGGAAGCGGAUGACCUUGCUGUCCGUAUCGCUCUUGGUGAGACACAUGUCAUUGCGGAGACCAAGAAGCAUCUGGCUAGGUCUGGAGUUAAUGUUGCUGCCUUGGAAGAAAAUACUUCCAAAAGAAACGAGAAGUUGAAAAGAAGCAACCAUGUAAUACUGGUAAAAAACUUGCCAUUUAAUUCUUCUGAAGAAGAUCUCGCUGCGAUGUUUCAGAAACAUGGAAGUUUGGAUAAAAUCAUUCUCCCUCCAACAAGAGUAUUUGCCUUGGUAGUCUUUGUUGAAGCAACAGAAGCUCGUCACGCUUUCAAAAAAUUGCUGUACACACGAUACAAGGAUACUCCACUGUAUUUGGAAUGGGCACCUGACAAUAUUUUAUCUCCUACCUCAACACACGUGGAAGAGGAGGAAAUGAAUACCAUUGGUGAGAGGAUUAUUACAAAAGCUAUUGUAGAUCAAACUGUGGAAGGAGUGAGUGCUGAGGAGAUUGAUCCUGAUAGGGUGGAGUCUCGAUCUGUAUUUGUCAAGAAUUUGAAUUUCAAGACUACAGAUGAAUCCUUAAAGCAGCAUUUCAGUACAAAAUUGAAAACCGGGAGUCUUAAAAGUGCAACGGUGAAAAAACAUAUUAAGAAAGGCAAGAAUGUUUCGAUGGGAUUUGGCUUCGUUGAGUUUGAUUCAGUUGAAACUGCAACAAGUGUGUGCAAAGAUCUACAGGGGACAGUUUUGGAUGGGCAUGCUCUGAUCUUGCAACUGUGCCAUGGGAGAAAGGAUGGUCAGAGUGCGAAGAAAAAUGAAAAGGAUAAGAGUUCAACAAAACUUCUUGUGCGAAAUGUAGCAUUCGAAGCGACUGAAAAGGAUUUGAGGCAAUUAUUUAGUCCAUUUGGCCAGCUCAAAAGCCUCAGGCUGCCUAUGAAGUUUGGAAGUCACAGGGGUUUUGCUUUUGUUGAAUUCGUCACGAAGCAAGAGGCACAGAACGCCCUGCAAGCCCUUGCGAGCACCCAUCUUUACGGCAGACACCUGGUGAUUGAGCGGGCAAAAGAGGGAGAGACCCUUGAAGAGUUGAGGGCAAGAACUGCCGCUCAGUUCGUGGAUGAACAGAGCGGUUUCCAGAGGAUGUCCAAGAAGAGGAAACAAACUAGUCUGAUGGACGAAGGCUCUGUCAAGUUUUCAAGGAUAGUAGAGUAAUACCGUUCGAUGGAGCUAUCACGAGGCAGCAAAUUUUUUAUCACUUUGUAUGAUAGUAUCACUCGUUCAAGGCAAAGCCUUUUUUGUUGUUGUUUUCUCGUCUGUCCAAGCUUUUUUCACUUUUAUCCUGUCUUGGUGUUUAAGUCCUCAAGAAACAAAAAAGGCAAUGCAGCAACUCUUAUGUACAAACUGAAUCACACUGCGUUCCAAAGCCCAUUUAAAAGAUUGUUGCCACAAAAUCAGAAA